GGGUACAAUAGGGUACAAUGCAUACAAGCUAUGGAUGCCAAAUUAAAACAGAGCAUUACUAGGAGACCGUGAAGGCAACAGUUACCAAGACAACAGUAGACAAACGAAAAAACAGUCCAGCCUGAAGAGCGAAGUUGUGUGCUUACAGCAUUGGCGCCAAAUGAAAUGCUGAGCCUGUGCGGUGCCAGAUGCCAGAAGUAACCUCAGAGAUGUCUUCACCACAUCCCAGUAAAUAUUUGUUAUAAUGCCAUGUGUCAUACAUAAGACACGUUGUAAAUACACUCAGUGAUUGAUCAUGUUUCCAACAAAACGACCAGAGAUUUCUUCAGGCAGCAUUGUUGUUUCAGAGACUGAUGGUGCUGCCAAAUCACGUAAACCAGACAUGAAGAAGAGGAGGAGGAAGACUCGACAGAGCCCAUUCAAAUUGCCAGAUAGUAACAGCAUUUUCCUACAGAGUCUAAAUGAAAGCGAGGACCGAAAAGAGGAGAUGCGUAAAUUCCUUGCUUUGCCAAUUGAUGAGAAGACGACCCACGCUGCUCGAAUGAUGGCCAAGCUGAGGAAAGAACUGCAAGAACACGUGGAGGAGGAAGAGGAGGAGGAGGAGGAGGAAAAAAAAGUAGAAGAAAGGGAGAAGAUGAAGAAUCUGAAAGAAAUCAAGAGUAGGACAGUUGUCCCCAAACAAACACCUGGCAGACAUGAGCUGAAGAUGGCCAUGAUGAAACGAGAAAACGUUACAAAAGACAGCAAACAUGACUUCAUCUCCAUGGAACGGCAGAAGGCAGUGUUGGAGUUAUCUCUGAUGACGAAGAGGGCCGAGAUUUUGAGGAUGGACAAAGCCAUUGCAAAAGAGGAGGGACAGCUGAGACAGCUCGAAAAGAUCAUCGAGAGAGACAACCUCACCUUCGAAGAGUUCCUCAGGGAGAACGAGAAGAAGUCCGUGGAGGCCAGAACAUUUUUUGAACACGAGGCCAAGUCCAAACAGGAGAAGAACGCUCAGAUCAAGAGACUGACUGCUGAAAUUGGGACCGUGAAAAGUGAACUCGGCAAGUUUGAAGAAAUCCUGAUCGACUACAAAAGAUACGAGAAGCUUCUGUUUGAGUUGUCUCCUCCAGAGUGGCAGGAGGCCCAGAAGACCAAGGGUUUCAAAGCUGAUGUCCUAACUGAUGGAGACGUUUUGGACGAGCAGAACAGGGAGCCCGAGGAGUCAGCUAUUAGGAACGGUUUGGAGGAAAAGGUUUCCAGUCCAGGUGGAGAGCUGCCUUCCAUCAGAGAGACCAGGCUGUCCUCAGCCCACAGCGACACACUGAUCACAACUUCUAAACUGGAUAGUGACAGCUCAGAAUAUGAGCAUGAGCCAGAGCUGUACUUCACCGAGCCUCAGCAGCUUCUGGAUCUGGUGACAGAGCUGACAGAGCAGAACUUGUCCCUGAUUCAGAACACUACAAGGGUUGAAGAGACGCUGGAAGAGCUCAGACAGUCCACAGAGGCAACCAGGAAGAAGAUUGAAGAGGAUGAAGAGCAGCUAACCCUGCAGAUUAAUGACAUGAACCAGAGAAUCGACAUUGAGAAGGCACGAGGCACCAAGCUCAGACAGAAGGUUCAGCUGCAUGUUUCAUUGAACAAAGAAGACCAGGAUGUUAUGUUGGAUGCUCUGGGUGAGAAGGUGGUAGAGGUCCAUUGCUGCUGCGUGGAUGACAGGAUUACCAACCUCAGCACCUUGGAGAAGCUGGCCAAUAUUGAGAACCGCAUGUCUUUACUGCUGCAGGGCAUCGAGAGCAUCCCUGAAGAACACUUAGAGAUGAUGAAGAAGAUCAAGGACAGCGAGAGAAGGAGCAGGCAGCGUGAGGAAAAGCUGAGAGAGCAGAGUGAGAAACAGAAGGAAAGGAUGAGGAGGUACUUGGAGAGAUCUCUGGCUGACUCCAAGAAAAUAAGUGGGAGAAAGCUCAUGCCCAGAUGCAAGCCUGUUGCUCAGAAAGUCAGAGUGAGCAAUGUGGACAACAGCCCUGCUGAGGAUGAGAUGCAUGCCUACCUCUUCACCUCUGAGGACACAGAGUAAAAGACAAAAGACAAUCUGUUGUGUGCAAUCAUGCCUCCAACACAACAGUGGAAAUAAUUAUGGGAUAUUUGGUUGCUUACACCACAUACGACAUAAAAUCAGAUAGAAUCAAUAAAUCAACAUCAGCUAAACUGUUAACAUGUGUAAAAGAAGGACUUGUAUGUAAAGUACAAUAAAGCAGUCUGAUUGCAGUGAAAACUGGCUGUUUAACUGUUUAAUACCAUAUUAGUACUUCAGAUAUUUUGAUUAUUAUGAUCAUAUGUACAUUAAAUUAUCUAAACAUG